UUAAUUUUUCCAUAAAUAAACAAAUAAGAUAAAAUUUUUAGACUAAUAAUAUAUUAUCAUAAAACAAUGUGGUAUAACAUACAAGAGGACCCGCCAUAUCUGCUAUUAGCCAGAGAAGUAAAAAGCUAUGAAGUUUACGUUACGGAUUACAUUUCUAUAUGGUUUGUUUACUUCAAGAAAAAUGACUUUUUGGAGUGUUUAAAGGACAGCAAUUUUGGUCUCGAAGUGGAACCAGAGGAGUUACUUCAGAAAGGUGCUAAACUCCUAAAACAACCGACUAACCUAAGGAAGUUUGAAGUAAAAAAAAGUGUUUCUACUUUAGAGAUCUCAAUGACCAAGUUAUUUGAAUACCCUUUGCAGUUGAAACUGAAACUUUCAGAAGGAUCAAAAGAAAUGUUUUUUCAAAAUGUGACUUAUAAGCUACUAAAAACUGUAGCAGAUUUAAAAACUAGUCAGCAAGAGCUUAGAGAUCUGUUAAAAAAGAAAGAUGAUGAGAUAGAAGAAUACAAAAGUGAAGGAAAGGAGAUAGCAUUAAGAUAUUUAAAAACCAAACAAUUCAAUGAUGAAGAGCAUAUGAGACAGCAUCAAGUAGAUAAGGAAUGUGCUGACCUGUUAAACAUUCCGAAUACAUUAUUAGACAAAAUUGCUGCAGCCACUCAUAGAAAUGAAGCUAUGUCUAGACUCUGCGCAGACGCAGUAAUGUGUCUGAAGGAAACUGUCCGCCAUUACACCCAUAGACGGACUCCAAUCUAUGCGUGUUUCCUUAACUUUAAGAAAAACUCCAACCAAAUACCCUACGACAAACUUUGGCAAAAAAUGAGAUCGGAGCCCGUCGUUCCGGACGAGAUCGUUGUAAUGUUCGAAUAUUUUUACAAAAACCAAUUAAACACGAGACCACGACCUCGGCUGUUCAAUCCGUACCUUUACUGCCUCUUCGAGCAUCUUAGCAGCGCCAAAGUCGGCUGCUGCAUACAAGGAAAAAUCAUAAACCAUAUCAGCUUCAAAGACAAUUUGGUUUUGCUGGGUCCUUGGCCUAGUGCAAUAAUGAAACUCCUACAGAAAUGUGAGGAUUAUGCAAAGGAAAAUGGGUUUAGGUUUAAUGUAAAUAAGAGUAAGCUCUUAGUGUUCCAGAGCCCACGUGGUCGCAAGAUAACGAUGGUCCCACACGUGUAUCUACACGGUACGAUAUUAGGAAAAGUGUCGGGGUACAAAUACCUAGAUCACUGGCUGUCCGAGUAUCUUUCGGAUAGUGAUGAUUUUUCCGAUAUGGACAGUGAUGAGUUUUCUAAUAGCGAGAAUUUUUCGGACAGCGAGGACUGAUAAUAUUGAGCG